AUGCUCAAACGCAUCAAAGCACAAGUUUCGCAGGUGGCCAAUGAGGUGGGGUUUAAAAAUAGAACUUAUAUUUUUUUAUUUUUACUUUGCAGCUGCCUGGUGUGCUGAAUGCUGGGAAUUCAAGAGGCUCUAGGGAGAAUGGUUUCUCACCAAAUGUGGACCAUGAUGAAGAAAUAGAAGGUAACUUUUCCAAAUAUUGUUUAAAGAUUUCCAUCCAUUUUAGGAAUGAUCUGUCCAAUGUGUAUGACGCAUUUUCCCACUCCCGAGCAGCUUUCGAGUCAUUUUGAAAGCGCUCACGCCGAGGUGAAGAAGAUCUUUCUUUUGAAUAUAUUAUAUUCCACACUGCAGAACGGGGCAGGUGUCGCCAAUCCAAACUUCAGUCCCGAUUCCAAUUCUUCUUCGCAAAGUUUUUAAUUUUUCAUUAAAUACUUUAUGAGAUUUUUUUUCAGCUCACAGCUUUGCGACGAAAGAGCAAGAAAUCGAAGAGCUUAGAAUGCAGUUGAAGGAAGAAAAAAGAUUCGCAGAAAGGAUAAAGGUAGUGAAGAUUUUCGUUUCCGAAACAAUGUUUGUUUAGGAAGAACUGCACAACAUCCAGUCGAUGAUAGCGAUGGCGUCAGAUGUGCCAGAGGGCGAAGUUCCUUAUUUGGUUCAGCAAAUUCAAGUCCUCACCGCCGACAAAGGCCUUUGUGAGAAUUCGUUCACCAUUUGAAGGCGACCAUUGGACUUUUCAGUGACAAGGCAGUUUUUGGAGCUGGAAAAGGACAGCGGACAGCAGAAGAGACAGUUCGAACAGGUCCAAGCCGAAAGGAGCGACUUGAUGAGCAAAUUGAAACAAAUGAGUGGUCAGCUGCGUGAAAUCGCCGACGAGUCAGAAGCCGUUAAGGUCUCUUUUAUUUAUUUAUUUAUUUUGUGAAUCAUCCUCGUUUUUUACAGUUGAUGCGUCGAUUCUGAAUAAGAUUUCCUGCGAGUAAUGGCAAAGUUUAAAGCUGAAAAAAUCUGCGCGAACUUGUCUCAUUAGAAAUGUAGGAAAAACUACAGUACGUUUAUGCGCCUUUUGCUUCAAUGCCUUCGAUUGAAGAUGUACGUCAUUUUAGGCAGAAAAAAGUGUUAAGGUUGUGUGGAAUAGGCUAUAACAGUUUUCUGUUGAAAAAUUGUAUUUGAUUUUAAUUUUUUCAAACAUCUUCCAGCUGUUUUCUCUUAUUGUUUAUUCAAAAAGUCUUGUUGAAAUUCAGUUUUAAAAUGACAUUGACAAGCUAUUUGCUCCAUUUUCCCUAAAAAAUCCUAUCAGGAAUUCAUUUUACAACUCGUAAAAAUAAUUGCGUUAUCGACAGAAUACAAAUAAUGCUUUCAGAAAAGGUUAUACCAAGCAGAAAAGUGUAAGAAAGGUGCUUUCAAAAGAUUCUCCAUAGAAUAAUUUCAGAUCGAAAAGGAGAAGCUUUCGAGAGACUUGAAAACCGCACACACCGAGGUGACGCGGCUGGAAAAGAUGCUCGAUACAAGGUACGUUUUCCGGUUUCCGAAGCUCAGUGUUCGUUUUCCAGGCCAUCUGAAGACGACGUCAACGUUUUGCGAACAGAACUCGUCAACGCCCAGAAGUUGAUGGACGAGAUCGCUCAGCACAAAGAUGUCGAGAACCAGGAACAGCUCAACUCCAUCCGACAUCUCAGUUUGGAGAGGGAAAAGUUCAUUCCGAUCCUUUUUCAUUGUGUCACGUUUCUGUUUCAGACAGCACAUGAUCAUUGAGAACCUCAACAAGAAGCUCUCCGAAAGCGAUGCUGGCGCCAAGGGGUCCUUUUUGUGUUUUCUAGAAGACUCAGCUAGGGAAAUUGAUAUGAUAUCAAGUGUUUUUGAAGUAGUUUUUCUGAAACUGUUAUAUCAUAAUGAUUAUUGAAAAAAAGAUAAAAUGAAUGAAUUUCCUUUUUUUGGCUAGAUUAAAAGACAACUUUGAAUGAGAGAAUAUAGAAAAGUCCGCAGAUCAACUAAAAAAAUUUUAAAAAAAUGUAGUAUAGCUGAUUUCAAAAAAAUAAAAACCAGAAACUUUUUUAAAUUUUUUAGCGGCAAAAGCUUAUCUUAUGUCACAGGAACUUUGGAUUUCAGAUCAGAAGAAGGAAUCGCCCAGUUGACCAUUCAACUGUCGGAUCUGCAACAAAAGCUUGCGGAGUCCGAAAAGCAGAAAGAUGAUUCCGCUGCAGAAUUGAAGAAAAAAACAGAAAGGCUUAUCGAACUUCAGGAUCGGUUUGAAUUUUCAUCAUUUUGUUCAUCAUUUUCAUCUUUCAGAAUCAAUGAAAAUGUUGCUGAUUUGGCGUCGUGUCGCGAGAAAAUUAGCGUUUUGGAAGAGAAGGUAAGUUUUCUAUUUUGUACAUUUCAUUGUACACGGGUUUAUUCAUAAUUUUUUUUUAUGAGUAUUCCUAACAACUAGACUGAUUUUCACUUAUGCGUGAAGUUUUAUUUUCAGAAAAAUAUGAAUUCUUUGUAUAAUACAGUUUUGCAAUUAACUUCAAGACGCUUUUCAAAAAGUAGAAUGUUUUUAUGCGGAGCUCGACUUUCACAGUUAAUAGAUUUGUAUUGUUUUGGUAACCUUUGUAUUUUGUUUUUAUGAUGUUUUCUUGUUUGUGAUAUUAAAAAGCUCAAUUUGAAACGUUCUUAUGGGUAAGCUUUUAGAACAACUUUGUCGGAUGAAAUUGUGAUUGGGUCCUUUGAUUUCCGUCAUUUUCUAGGUCAAGCAGAGCCAAUCGGCCAUUGAAGAGUCGACGUCCCUCAACGAUUCAAACAACGGAAAAUUAGCCCAAUUGCAAGAAAAACUUGACCAGGUUGAACGAUUUUUUCAUUUUGGAGCACCUUGUCUAUUUCAUGAGUGGUUCAAGUAAGAAUGCAAGUUUCAAAUAAUCGAUAAAAGUAAUCUCUAAUUUUGGCGCAGUGAUAGUGUUUCGUAGUCGAAAAAAAUGCCCAAACGUUUAUUUUCAUAAUUUUUCAUUUUCCAGGAUCAAUAUUUCGAAAAAAGAUCUAUUUGCGAUUUUUUUUUCCCAAAAUCAGUGCUUCAAAAACUUUUUUGGAAAUCAAAUCUCCAUACUUUAGCGUGAGAAAGGCCUGUUUUGAAGAUACUUUUUGCAAAGUCACGGUUUACGGGGAGUCUGUUUUGUUUUGCUUCGUUCCGUGUAAACAAAGGUCGGCCGCCAAAUUAAAUAUUCCAUUCGACCUUCCUACGGGAUUUAUUCCAGUUCUCUUUUUUGUUUCUUCAAUUCCGAUGGAAAAAAGCGUACUAAUUCUAAAUGAAAUUUUCAUAAUAAAUGUGACAUUUUCUCAAAACUUGAUCGGCGAAAAAAUUAGAAUAUCCAGCUUCGAAGGACGAGACUGAAAAAGUGAGAAAUUGUUGUGAAAAAUUCAAGUUAAAGAAAGAAGAAGUUUUUUUCUCAGAGAAAAAAAUAAUUAUAUCUCUGUUUUUCGCUUUAUUUUUCCAUUCCAGCUUGUUUACAGCUGAUUUUUUUGUGAUUUUCCUAAAGAAAAAAAUAGUUCAAAUACUUUUUUUCCAAACUUUUUUUAAAGCUUUAUGCGUUCUUCGCAGCAAGAAUUUUUGUUCAAACAGCCCGUCCGUCCUAAAUUUUAGAUUUUCUGUGAAUCCUCACUGGUUGUUUUUCUUUCGUUUCCUUUAUUGACUCUAAUUUUAAAAAUCUGACAUUUAUCACUAAUGAAAAUGAAAAAAAUGGACGAAAAAAAGAAUAACCAGGAGUUUUUUUCAUUAGAUCUCAACUUUUUGUAGCUGCGCUGAAUCUUCAUGAGAUUUUCUCAAAAACUUGCAGUUGGUGGCCGAGAAACGUCGAUACGAAGCGGACGUCUGUGGUUUCGAGGAAAAAGCCGUAGAGAAUGCCGACAGCAUUCGGAGUGUACCAAUCGUUCCUAAUUUCUCCAUUAGAUGUUUUUGUUUGCAGUUGGAAUCAGCCAAUCUCGAUCUGACCAACGAACUCUCUUCCAUUGGUUCUUUGCUGGAGCAGGAAAGGAAACUUUCUGCCGACAAGGUGUUUCAAAAUUCUUUCUGGUUCAAUCCGGAUGUUCUUCAGAAUGCCAUAAUAGGUAAAAAGGACGAGGAAAUCAACCAAUUGAAGGAGGAGGUAGCAGAAGCCCAAAAGUGGGGUCCAAGGAGCAUUUCUGUUUGUAUUUUUGAGGCUCAGGAAAGCGAAUAAGUGGAGCAACGAGCUGAAGGAAAGGACGAAUCUCGUGGAGAACCUCACGAAACAAGUUCAGACUCUUCAGGAGAACUCGAAGGAGCUCAUGACAAAGGUUAUAUUAUAAAACGAAAUAAAUUUUGUGAACUUCAGAUCCAACUGAAGGUUCAAACCGUUAGGGUUCACAUCUGUCGAUCAAAUAUUUAUCAACUAAAAAAAGUCUUUUUAUUAAAAUUGUUUAAAAAAAUAGGUAUUCCGAUUACGUACCAGAGAAUGGUGUGAAAUUAAUGUGAGAUUUCUCAAGGAGACUGAAAUCUUUUUGAUAAAUACUUUCAUUCCAAUUUUUCAUCAACUUGAAGUUCGGCACUGGCGUAUUUCAAUAAGUUUUGAAAAGUGUUUUUGAAAAAAAUUCAGCUUUUAAUUCAGGCUCACGUUAGUUUUCGAUGUUGAUUUGUUGUAAAAAAAAAAAGUCGAUGUUGUUUUUCAAAUUUUUUUCCGAGCUUAGAUUGCUUGUCCAUAGUUUUUUCAAUUAUUCAAGAAAUAGUUUUUUUCAAACUUGAUAGCUCUCGGGUUUUUUAUAGGGCUGCCCAACAACUUUUGAUCGCAUAUUUGGAAUAACGAGAAAACUGAAAAAACUAUUUCUUGUUCUCAGGUUUUUCUCGAAUUUGAUGAAUUACUCUUUGAUUUUCUAUUUUGAUGAAAUUUUCAGGUUUCUGAGGGCGAAGGUGGCGCCAAAAUGGCAAUCGAUCAUCUGAAUGAGGAGAAGUUGACGUUGCAGAAAAACAUGGAGAGUUUGAAGGAAGAUACCAGAAAGGAGGUUGAUUCAAAAGUCUGUAAAACGAACUGUUUGAAUUCAGAAAGAAGAUUUGGAAUUGACGAUCGGAACAUUGGAGAAAAAGAUCCGUGAACUUGAAGCGACCUCUUCGGAAAUGGAGAAAAAGGCGCGAGAAGACCGGGAAGAAGCCGCGAGAAGGAUCCGCGAGGCCGACGACGAGAUCAGCCGAAAAGUAACUUUUGUUGAUUUCUUCUUGGGAAUAGCAGUUGGAAAAAUAUUAGAAAAGUAUAUUAAAAAAAUAUUUGAAAAAAAUGUCAUAGCUUCCAAAAAAAAAGCUCCGUCAGGUCCUAAAGAUAGAUUUGAAACUCCGCGGAGAGGAUAUAGUUCUGUAGAAAAAUCUCAGUUGUUUUUUUUUUCAAAAACUAGAAGGGGCUGUAAAAUAAUGAACGGUCUCAUUGAAGUUUGAGGAAAAUACUUAAGGUUGAAAGAUUCGUUGAUAUGGAGAAAGAAGCCGAGGAAGAGCGUCAAAAGGCGACCGAAAGAAUGUUGAAAAUGAAGGAAAUCAUCGCUCAGAGGGACAAGGGCGCCGAACAAAUGCGGAAGCAAAUCGAAGAAGUUCCAAUCAUUCUCAGAUUUCUCGACAAACCGUACGGUUUGCAGUUGACGGCGGCUCUGAACGAGAAGGACCGCCACGUGAAAGAGCGAGACCGACAUCUAGAUGAAAGUCGCCACAAGAUCGAGGACGCCGUCAAGAAGCUGGAGGAAGCCGAACUCCGGGCCCGACAGCUGGUUUUCCUGCUCCUUCCCUCAGAGUCAAGAAGGAAACAUGCAGGAAUCGGAAGUCACGGCGUUGAAAGGCGAGAAGACGGCCAAGGACGGCGAAACUUCCCAACUCCACGACAAACUCCUCGAGUCCGAGGGCUUCAUCGAACAGCUCAAAGUUCAAGUCGAAAAGGUUCAUCUACUUACUUUUUGAGAAAUGAUUCUGAUCUCACGUUUUGUAUUUUCCAUUUACGCUUUGCAAAGUCUCUAAUAGAAAUAACAAUGAUCCAGUCACAGUCGUGGGAAGUGAGGUUUGAAAUCUUACUAAAAUGAGGAAAUUGAUUCAUUUUCCAUGCAACCAAUGUGUUGCGGCGAGUCGACUACACUUUUUUUCAAUAUUUUGCUCUCGAAAUUCCGAAUUUGAGUCUGAAGAAAACUUUGAAAAAUGCAAUAACUUAGUUUAAAAAUAUUAAUUUUCUUCAAUUUCUUAACUUUAUUUUUUUCCAGCCUUAGAUUGAAACUGAAAAACGAUAAUUGAAAAACAAUUUUGAAGCUUCAAAGUUUGAGUGAAUACGAAGUAUUGAACAACUAAAAUUUACAAAGUUCAGAAAAAGAAACAAUAUUUUUUUCGGAAAAAGUGUGAGAUGCAACACGAGACAUCAAAGUAAAUCACAGUUCUUUUUCAAUUAUCAAUUUUCCGAAAUAUUCAAGAAAGAAAAUUCGUGUUUUGUCCCAGUCACUCGGUGGAGGUUUCUUCCUUUCUUGUAUAACAUAUUUUCGCUUCACUAACUUUUUUGGCCCUUUGGUGUUUUUUCGCGUUGAAUUAUCUUGCUUUUUAGUACGUUAUUCAGAUCUCCGGCGAACUCAAGGAAAAACAGGCAGAAUUGGACGCUUUGCUGACCGAAACCAAGGAGCAAGAGCUGCAUUGGAAGGUUUUUCGGGUCGUUUUAUUUUCCAUAAAAGUCUUUUCAAGACCAAAAAAGAAGAAUUCGAGAGACAAUUGGAACAGAAUCAAGAGGCCAACGAAGAAACUGCCGGAGUUUUGAAAGCCGUUCAGAAUGAACUGGCCAAGGAGAAAGAGGCGCUCUCGGUCGCGAAUGUCCGUCUUUUCUUGAUUAUACAUAUAGAUUCUCCGAAAUUGCAGAAGAAAAUCAAUGAGAUGAUGACUGCAAAUGAAGAACUCACUGAGAAAGCGAUGAACUUGGAAAGUCGCCUGAAUGUCGAGGAAAAGACGAAAAACGAAGCGCGCCAGGAGUUGGAGGCUGCAGUUGGUUUUCGUGAUAAAACCAUUUCUUGCCCUUUGAUUUGAGAUAAAUCAAUGUUUAUCUUUUGAAUCAUAGGUGAAACGAUAGAAGAUGCAAAAAAAAGGGAAACUCGAAAAAAGCUGAAGACAUUUUAACGAAAGUCUAGAACAAUGACACAAGUUUUUGGAAAAAAAAAAAUAGAAAAAAGGGACAAUUCCUUUCAAGCUUUCGCAGACUUUCUUGAGAAAAUCUUUCUUUUUGGGUGAAAAAUUUGAACCCUUGAUAACUUUGCUUUCCAGGAAACCGAGAAGGAUCAACUCCAAAAGCAAUACGAGAUCUUGCAGUCACAACUCGCCGAGUCUAACGCCAAAGUCGAUGUUUGCUCAGACUUUCGAUCCAAUAAAUGAUAAAUCUUCGCAGGAAACAGAAACCAAGUCGGCAGAGAAGUUGGCCAAGGCUUCCGAUGAGUUGGCCGCUCUUCAGGCCGAGAGAGAAGACCUGGAAGACCAGAAAAAGGAAAAUUCUUCGAAGAUUGAAGCGUUGGAGCAAAGGUUGCACAAUAAUGAGCAGGUUUUGAUUGAAUUUCGAUUCAUUGGAUAAGAUUCUUAGGAAAUUUUGUCAUUGAACGAGGCCAACCGAAUUCUUCUCGUCGAAGCGGAACAAAGGACGGCGGAAAUCGAUGUUUUCAACUCGAGAAUUGUAAGAAAUGAGCUGAUUGCGCCUAAUUUUAGUAUUGAAUUUCUCAGAAACACUUUGAAGACGAGUUGGCGGCUCAGAAACGGAGCAUCGAGGCUUUGGAAACGGAAAAAGCUGAGAUAAUUGCUCAGAAGGAACACAUUUCUUCGGAAUUGCAAUGUCAGAAGCUGGUUUCGAUCCUGAAAAGUUUUAGUGUUGAUGGUACUUUUUUCAGCAAACUGGAUCACGAGAAGCUUCUUUCACGAAGGAACUUGAACGGCUUCAAUCUGAUAAUCAUGAUAAGGCGAUUCUUAUCGACAAGGUCAUCGAAACCGUUUUUCUAAGUGAAAAAUGCAGACAUUUCUGUGAAGAGAAAUGCUUAUAGUUCUGAAAACGCAAAAAAAAAGUCCUUGUCUUCAUGAAAAUGUUAAAUUUCCAGUUGAAAGAGAAGCAAGUUCAAUUCGAGAAGAUGUUCACUGAUGUUCAAGCCAACUUGAAAAAUCAACUGAAGGAGAAGUCUGAAAGAAUCGUGAGUCUCAUCACCUGGAGGAAUACAUGAAAAUUGCUGCAGGAACUGCUCCAAGAAGAAGUUUCGGUGGCGGAGGAAAGAGGAGUCGUCAGAGUCAACGAACUGGAAGCGGAGAUGGAGAAACUGAAGCGACUCAGGGACUCGAUGGAAGAGAACAGCAACUCGCAGAGAGUGAAGCUCGACGAGGCCAAGAAAGUCGUCGAGGAGUUCGCUCUGACGAAUGCUGGUGGGUUUCGGCUCGAAAAGAAGAAUGGACUCACAGGGGAGACCGUUCUACUUCGUAGCUUUCCUGUUUAUUGGCCAGAAUACUUCUUGAUGUACCGGAUGAAGACCCUGAACGUCUCGACCGUCUCAAAACGUCCCAGUUCUCGAGAAAAAAGUCUCAAAUUUCGAGAAAAUCAUUAAAGUCCGUAAUAAUCCCUUUUUCUCUACUUGAAAAUUCUUUUUUUUUCUGGGCCCUCCUCGUCUCUUGGAGACCCUCUCGUUUUGGCGUGCUGUUUUCAUGUUUCUCUGACCUCGCCGGUGAGAGAACAGAGAGACGCAGACACUCGAAAAAUGUCGAGACGGCCUAUCGAAGAGUGUCAAUACUUGAUAUUGGAGAAGUUCUGAAGGCUGUCCUUUUCAGGAGCUUCACCUGAUGUAUCAUCACCUGACUUUCACCUGAUGUAUAUCAAGAUUGAAUUCCGAAAUAUCUGAACCACGAAGUAAAAAAAACUUCGUCAGAUCUGAAAUUUUAAAAAAUUAAAUUUUAAUUUAAGAAUUAAUUUUUCAGAGCUCCAGAAGCAAAUCGAAGGCUGGCAGGAGGAGAAGAAGGUCCUCGUUGAAAGGUAGAUUCAAGAAAAACUCGGGGACUCUAUAGAAAUGAUCAUGAAUACUUUUCGGGGAAAAAAUAUUGUAAAAAAUUGGAUCAACGAGUCUUUUUUUUCUUUUUUGUAAUCAAAAGACUUUUUCAGAUGUCUCAAUGGGGAAAGUGACUUGGACUUUGAACGCGAACGAGCUUUGGAGAACAAACGAAGAUUCGACGAGGCUCUUUCGGCCAUGCACGAACUCGGCAGGGCCAACCAGUCUUUGCAGGUGUCCUCUUCGACAAAAAUCAUUCAAACUGAGCAGUUUCAAGAGUGGACGACAGCGUCGAACUGUCAAUACUUCUUUACAUUCUCUUUCAGUUAUUUUCUUUAUAAAACUAGUGUUAGCACCAAUUGGGGUGCUGAAGAAUCAGAUUUUAUACUUCAUGCAUCUUAGUUCUUGUGUCACGUGCGGCUUGCCGUAGCGCAACAGGCUGUGAGUCUGUCCACGGUCUGAAUAGUCAUAAGUUCCAUCCUUGCUGCGAGCCAACCAAGGGGCUUAAGAAAUGUUGGUGGGAAACCACGACUUCCUAAUCUCCUGUCGUCACACACAAAGACGAGUAAGUCAGUAGAGACAGUUCAUUGAUUAUCACUGAUAUCAGGAUCUUGUCUCGGCUUGAGACGUCGCUCAAGCAGUACAAAGGCGUAACGAAAAGUAGAAGUUCUUGCGUAAAAUCUCAGUUCUUGACUUGUCAAUGAUUGCUUUUUCUUGAGAAUGAAAUAAAGUAUCAUAAAGUCUGUAUUGUAGAUGGACAUGGACCGCCAAACAUCGCGGAAAUGGCUCGACGAUUCGGCGGCCGUCAAUUGCACCGACUGCGGCAAAACGUUCACUUUGACUGUUAGGUUUGUGCCGCUUUUUCUAUUUCUCAGAACAACUUUUUUUAAAAGCCACAAGGUUAAAAAAAUUGAUCAAAAAAACGGAUAAAGGUUGAAAUCCCAAAUCUAAAAAAAUAUACAAAUUUUUUUCCAACCUAAAUUUCAAUCCCAUGAAGCACUAUUUUGUUCCUUAUAGGGCUCUUUUUUUCUCUAACUCUUCUAGGGUUUACUUGGAGGUUCCUAAGUUACAAUUGGAAGCAGAAAAAAAAAUCAUAGGAAAUUUUAUCUUUAUACUUUUUUUGGACCUUCCAACUCGAGUAUCUUCGAAAAUUAAACGACUAGACUCAUAUUUCACUGGUCAUAUCUAUCACGACGCUCUCUAAUUAUUUUCGAAACUAAUGAAGUUUCUAGAUUUUUCAUGAUACCUAGCUUGAGUCCAACCAGAAGUCAAAAAAGGGAAGUUUGCUUUAUGAAAAAUUCAAAGUUUAGUGUUUUUUUAAAGUUUCUCGUUUCUGCUUUCUUUACCUGUUUUCGUUCAACUCAUCUCUUUUUUUCCACUUGAUAAUUUGCAGAAAGCAUCAUUGUCGCGUCUGCGGUUUGAUUUACUGCGGCGCGUGCAGUUCGAAAACCACGAGGUGAGUCUUUUGCUGUACUCUGCCAACAAAACGAAUGUUCUCUGCAGAAUACCCAGCGCGAAGAACCCCGUGAGAGCGUGUAAUAAUUGCUACACCGAAGUGCAGAAUCGAUGA